GUACAAUUUCUACCCUAUAUCGAGUGGACGUAAGCAUAGGUACUUAUGUGUGGUGCAAAGCUAACGAAACGGCUGGCGAAAAUUUCGGGCGCAGCUGACUCUGAGGCAGCUCUCUCGCGCUAACCCGUUGCCGCCCGCCGCUGCCGUCGUCUCAGUAGUAUAGGUACUUACUAGCUUAGUAUGCAGCACGCAUAGCAGUGACUUCGUUUGCAAGACGGGCUCGUCGUCGCGAACCACGCGUUUACACACAACUUACACCUACUUAGUCUUUAUCGUUGGUUCUGAGGCUAAAAAAAAGUACAACAAAGUAUAAAUAGAGAAACAGUUGUGCGCGUCCAGUGACUGGUGUUUUAUUCGAGUAUUAUUUGCAAGGGAGAAAUACAAAAAAAAAAACAAAAAAAGUGCGAUAAAGAUGACGAGGCAGCUGAUGCAGAAGCAAAAGCAACAUCAGCGCGUCAGCCGCGCUAUAUUUAGGAUAUAGAGACAGGUAUACAGAGCGAGAGACAGGGCAAACGAUGAUGCUGUGCUCAUCGUCGGGAACACCUGCGGUGGCAGCGACGCACCAUCAGAUUCGUGCUACCAAAUUCGAUCACCAUUAGACAGCUCUUGGCUUAAAAAUAAGAAUAAGAAUAAUAAUACAUCCACUGGCAGCGGUGCAUAAAUCACGUCGCUAAUCUUCACCAACAGUUCCUCGCUCGCGAGAUCAAUCGUUGCACCCAUGCUACACUUAACACAUGGCCCGCCUGGAAAUACCCAGCAUAGUGGUCCAUAAGGGUGGCAGGUCCGAGAGUCCCUCGGUGGUCCGCGAAGGUGGAAUGCCCUCGGUCCCAUCGGCGGCGGCAGCCAUUAGGCAACAGCAGGGCCUCGGCGACGCCGGCUCGACCAGCCCAUCCGAGUUGUCGUCGUCGUCGUCGUUGACCACCCCGGACAUGCUAGAGCCCAAUGCCGGUAAUCAAAGCCAGCAACAUCGAACCUCCUCUCCUAGCGAGUCCACCACCGACACCGCUGACGACUUGCAUCGGCUCGACGGAGCCAGUGGCAACAAAAAUUACAACAAUCGUGCCUCGGGCUCCAACAAGGUCAAGCUGCUGGUUCGAAGCCAUGCCAUGAGAGAAUCGACGUCGCCACCGAGGGAGCCCCAGAACGGCGGCUCGGCGAGCCCCUCCGCCGUCCACAAUACUCCCCAGCACCACCAACACCAUCACCAGUCAUCCUCGUCGUCGCUCGAGUGCGAACUCGCUCCCGUGAGCCUCAGUCAUCCCGGCAGUCCCAGCAAUCAACCGUCCCAGCAUCACCAUACCUCCCAAUCCGGUAAAACCAGGCUGUCGCCCAACUUGUCCGUCGCUGCCACUACUGUUACUACUACCACCACCACUACCGGCAAGCACCAGUUGAACAACAACGAGCCCAUCUACUACAGCAGCAGCAGCAAUCUCGCCGCGGCUAGCCAUCAGUCGCCCAAGCAGAUGCGCAACAGCGCGACCUCGCCCACUUGUCGAACCUCCUCUCGUAAUGGCUCCUCCAGUCCUUCCCAUAUGCAUCAAAAGAACAAUCCCGUUUCUCCCGUCAAUGGCAAGUUUGAGGGUCAUCGUAACAACAACAACAAUAAUAACAACAACAAUAAUAAUAACAACAACAACAACAACAACAAGCACCAGAGCAACAGCAUAUCGUCGAACAAGUGCAACAAUUGUAUGAAAAAUGGGCAUCAGCAGCACGACAGGCCGGUGCUGCUGCAGACUCCGGUCUCCCCGUUGCGGAGCCAGAGUAGUAAAAAUCAUGCGCUAAACAAUCACAAAAACAGCAACAACAACGAGCAGCGCAGGCCAAACAGCCUCAACGUUUUUAGUGGCAACAACAACCAGAGCAUGAAUCAGUGUCCCAAUACGCUCUCGGUCAACAACAACAAUAACAAUAGGCACAAGCUUAGGCAUCAAAAUUCAUCUAGUCAGGGUAGCUACGAAAGCGCCUCGCCCUCGCUCUCGAGAGACAACAGCACGGAGUUGUACACGGAUAGCACGGGCACGGAUCUCGAGCUAUUCAUCGCCGAGACGAUAAACCGCAACCAAAAGGACCGCCAGCACCUGCUAAAAAUCGAGCGGGAGCUGAUAGACUUUGCCAAAGACAAGCACAAAGCGUCGCAUCGGUUUAUCUCUAUGUCCUCGUACAAUCGCAUGCUCGUGCAUCGGGUGGCCGCCUACUUCGGCAUGGAGCACAACGUCGACCAGACGGGCCAGUGCGUCAUCGUCACGCGGACCAAGCACAUGCGCAUACCCGACGUGCGCUUCAAGGAGCACAUACGCGACGACUUGCUUCACUUUGUUGUUGACAACAAUGGCAAGUCCUCGGACGAGGCCUCGGUGGCGCGCCAAAAGAGCAUACUCAAGCGCGAGACGAACUCGUUCGAGGACCACAGUCAUUACAAGUCGCCCGACAGACUCGACGAUUUUUGCGGCAAUAGGCGGAGCAAGAGCUUCGAGGAGCGCGAGGCCGAGUACCACAUGGCGCGCAAAAGGAUAUUCCGGGAUGAAAAGCGCAUCAGCAACGAGAUGCGCAGCAGUGGUGACAGCAGCGAGGUCACCUCUUGGCCUUCUUACUGGUCCUCGUCCGAGAGCUCCGAUAAUUCGGCCAAGCGCCUGCUGCAUCCCUCGGACCAGAACUCGAGGUCACCAAUGAGGCUGCUAAAGGUCGAUUCGCUCCAAGAGACCUGCACUCGUACGAAUAAUCAGCGGCCUUCUGUCUCAAAGUCGUACAGCUUUGGUGGCUACACCGGCCGAGGAGGAUUGUCCCGAGGUGACAGCGUCAUGUCCACUCACAGUGCCGGUGCUCGCCUGAUGAAGCAAGACUCGGGGGCCAGCAUGUGUUCACGAUUAAGUCCGUCGAGCAGCGGAUACAAGUCACAGAGCCAAAGAAGCGACGCGACGAUCUCACCGUCGCCCUCGCCGUCGCCGAUUCCCGCGUUGACGUGCCACCACUCCCAAUCAGUUUCUAGUCAGGAUGCUCCGUCGCCCGAGCCAAACGUCCAAAAGGUCAUAUGGGCGGUUACCAAUCUCUCGAGCGUACCACGUGGUAGUAUUAUUAUAAACCCUCAGACGAGCCAGCCGCUCACCAAUCCCGACGGAUCGACGUAUUACUUCGACCCCGACAACCUGCCGAAUCUGUUCAACGAAGAUUUGGAGGGGCAUGAAAGCUCAAAACAGACGGAACAGUCGGAGCCUCAUCGAACGACUGGCAAGCACGAAGGCAGCAGAAAGCUGCGGCGGUCUCAGACGACAACGAAUAAGCACAACAGCCCGAACAGCAACAACAUUCAUUGUUCGAGUCCGAUAGCGACGACGGUUACGCCGGGUUCGACGAUGCCGGCGAGCACGAUGCACGUGACGAAUUCGGCCACGUCACCGAGCCUGCCGUACACUCCACCGCCCGCACCGCCCGUACCGCCACCAUUGCCGCCGCCACUGCCUCCCGCUGUAGUUCAGCCGCAGCAGCAACAUAACGCGGUUCAGCAGCCGCAGCAACCUCUAGUCAGGACGAUGCCGAUGCAGCCCUACGCGGAUGUGACCGAAUUAUCGAAUUACUUCAUGGGAUUGGGUGUUUACGACGUACGAGGUGUUGGUGAGAAUCCAGUUGCACCUAAUCACCCAUUUCCACAGCCACAUGUACCAACGACGAACCAAACAUUACCCAAUGUUCAACCAAUUCAACCGAAUUAUUGGCAGACGACUGCAAAUCCAAUGCCGCAUCAGCAAGCUAUGUAUUUCGUGUCUCCAACGGGAACUGCGAUACCUGUUAAUCCAAACCCAAAUGAUAGACAGCCGCUGUCACAACAGCAGAGGUUUAAUGCAAACUAUUCUGCCAAUUUGCAAGCGAUGACACCGCCUAGUCAAACGAACGCAAAUUAUAUAAGUAGUUACCCACUUGCUUAUAAUUCUAUGCCAACUGUAACACCCAAUCCGGGUGAAUACUCGUGCCCGCCACCUGUUCAAAUGGUUCCUGCUUAUUACCCCGGCCAAUCAGGUAUCCAGCCUUCCCCAGUCAUGUACAGAGUGCCUACACCACCGAAUACUCCAACUUCGAAUCAAAUUCCUGGUAUGCCCUUGAUGUACGUGAAUUCUGGCACCUAUCCACCCCCAGCAAUGAUGUCAGCAGGAACAUUUGGUCCCCAAGUCCCAGGUCCUAAUGGAACGUCUCCACCUGGCACAUAUAUGGCUCCCGCUAUUGUUCCUAAUCUCGUCUUCAGGCAAAACGUACCCCUCGUAUCGGGAGUUCGCACGUCGACGCCAGGCAGUUCUCAAAGAGCUAGCAGAUCUCCGACACCUGCGCACGAAAUUUUUGGAGGCGGAGGCGGUGAUAGAAGCGCACAACCUCCACCACGUUACCCACUGCCAAUGUAUCAGGGUGUCCAUAUCGUACAAGGAGAUAUGAGACUUAUGCACGCUGGAGUGCCAGGCAACCAUAGAGUGCAGUACGCACCUGUACCAUCGCCACCUGUUAUUCAAGGGUGUCCUCGACCGUACCGACCACCGUCUUAUUCUUCAAACGCUUCUGGUGGAGGCACACCCACGCCGUUUGACGGACGAAACCAAAAAAUUCGUAAGCAGAGGUCCAAAAUCGCUACUCUACCACCAUCAUCAGUAACAAGACCGAAUUUGUAUCAGUCUCCUUGCAUGUCAUCGCUUUCUUCAAACACACCAAAAGAUAUGGGAGAAGGUAAGCCCACGUACCGUGUACAUAACGAUAAUUAACUAUACCAAGCGCGGUACUUUCAUAAUUUUUCCGAUCGAUAUUUUUAUUCAACCUUAUCGCUCUCAAAACGAUAAAGAAACAAACUUUUGACACUAUUUUUUGUGUCUUUUUAAAAGCGAAACCUGUGGAAGACAAUACAAUAUAAGGUACACACUUUCAAUCAGACAUGUAGCUAUUUUUAACAGCCAGUCAGCUUUAUAUUUAUACAUGUAGAGGCUUCUUUCACUUACAUUAUGGGCUGCCAUUUAAAUCGGAUUAAUUUUUAGCUGUUUUAUCAUCCCCGUGUCCCAAAUAUUAUUACAGCACGCGAUGUAUUGUUUA